AACUAACCCCUUCUUCCCACGAUGCAGCAAGGCGUCUACCGAAUUCUUCUUCUCAACUCUCCACCAACCCCCUCCACAUUUCCCCACCAACAACUGGUAUAAAGGCUGCUUGCAUUCUCUCUCCUCCAAUCUACCUUCCUCAUCUACGCACAAGGCAGCAAUGGAGCUCGUAACGCCUGCUAUCGAGAAGAUGGGUGGACGCGAAGGGAUUAGGAGGAAUUCAACCCUAAUCUGUGCACCGAUAAUGGCGGAUACGGUGGAUCAGAUGUUGAUUCAAAUGAAUUCGGCGAAAUCUUAUGGUGCUGACCUUGUUGAAAUCCGAUUGGAUAGCUUGAAGGGGUUUAACGCUCGGGAAGCUAUCCAAACCCUAGUCAAACUCAGUCCUCUCCCCACGCUUUUCACUUACAGACCAACAUGGGAAGGUGGUCAAUACAAUGGGGAUGAAGAGAGUCGACUGGAUGCUCUGCGCUUAGCAAUGGAGCUAGGAGCUGAUCACAUCGAUGUUGAGCUUCAGGCUGUUGAUGAUUUCAACAAUUUAAUUCAAGGAGAUAAGCCUACAAAGUGCAAACUCAUAGUUUCUUCCCACAAUUACGAAAAUACCCCUUCAGUAGAAGAGCUGGGGAACCUUGUGGCUAAAAUACAAUCAACAGGGGCUGACAUUGUAAAAUUUGCAACAACAGCUGUAGAUAUAACCGAUGUAGCACGAGUUUUUCAAAUAACUGCUCAUUCUCAAGUAAGCGGCGUCCCAAUAAUAGCAAUGGUGAUGGGGGAGAAGGGGUUGAUGUCAAGAGUACUCUGCCCAAAAUUUGGUGGAUAUUUGACAUUUGGUACCCUUGAACAUGGAAAGGUAUCAGCACCAGGGCAACCUACAAUUAGGGAUCUUUUGGACUUAUUUAAUUUCAGACAAUUAGGACCUGAUACAAAAGUAUUUGGUAUUAUCGGGAAGCCAGUUGGACAUAGCAAAUCACCAUUGUUGUACAAUCAAGCUUUUAGAUCAGUUGGCUUCAAUGGCGUUUAUGUACAUAUGUUGGUGGAUAAUGUAAAGAAUUUUCUUGACACUUACUCUUCUACAGAUUUUGCUGGUUUCAGUUGUACGAUUCCACACAAAGAAUCGAUAGUCCAAUGUUGUGAUGAGGUUGAUCCAGUUGCAAAGUCAAUAGGAGCAGUGAACUGUGUUGUUAGAAGACAAAGUGAUGGGAAGUUAUAUGGUUGUAAUACAGACUAUGUUGGUGCCAUUUCUGCCAUUGAAGAUGGUCUACGAGGUCCAGGGGUUCAAAAUGGUGUAAGGGGUUCAAGUUCACCUUUGGCUGGUAGACUAUUUGUGGUAAUUGGUGCAGGUGGAGCAGGAAAAGCACUUGCUUAUGGAGCAAAAGAGAAGGGUGCAAGAAUUGUCAUAGCCAAUCGGACUUAUGAUCGUGCUAGGGAACUUGCUGAGAUAAUUGGUGGAGAAGCUUUAUCUCUUGCUGAUUUAAGUAGUUAUGCCCCUGAAGAAGGCAUGAUACUUGCAAACACAACUUCAAUUGGUAUGCAGCCAAACAUUCAUGAGACUCCUAUUUCUAAGGAAGCUUUGAAGUCGUAUGCAUUGGUAUUUGAUGCUGUUUACACACCUAAAAUUACCAGAUUACUUAGGGAAGCAGGAGAAUGUGGAGCCAAAAUUGUUACAGGGGUGGAGAUGUUUAUAGGGCAGGCUUAUGAACAAUAUGAGAGAUUUACAGGGUUACCUGCACCUAAGGAAUUAUUUAGUGAGAUUAUGGCAAAGUAUUGAUUGUUGCGGGCCAUUCACUUUGAAACUGGAGGCUUUGAAGCAAUAUGUGGUGUACAAAGUGGUACACACUGGAAACAGGAAGAAGAUCAUUCCAAUACUUAUUUCUGCAUCAUUUGUUAUUGUAUCAGUAUUUUUUUUUUCUACAAGAAUAAGGAAUUUGUAUUUGAGAGCCAUUCUAUUCUCAGUUUUCUGAUGCUAAAAAUUGAAUUUAUUUUUAUAUGAAAAAAAGAAUACUAGGGGCA